GGGAUGUAACUCUUUAGUAAACUAUAAUAUUAUAGCCCACUCCUCCAUACCUAACCUAAUCGUGGAGAGUCUUAUCUGAGUUGACGGAGUCAUUUUAGUCUUCGCGGUCAAUAUAAAUAGAAGUGAGUGGAUAUCAUUUUAUACAUACUCUUCUGUCAGUGCGAUGCAUGUCGUUGAUUUCUUAUUCUUAUAUUAUUUUUGUCAAAAAAAUCAACAUUUGAAAAUUGGAGAACUCACUUAAUUCAAACAUCAAAAUAUCUGCUGUGGCGUUAGAAAAACGAAUCUAUUAGUUCGAUUCAGAAAGGGAUUUAUUACCGACCAAGAUAACCAUACGGCGAGAUGGCUCCAGGCGCGUUGCAACAGAGACAAAUGAUUUCCUCGCCGAGUACUUCAUCGCAGUUUAGUUUUACAUUCAAUACAAACGAUAAUCGAGCGAGUCUGCCCUCAAGAGAUGCUGUCGGCGACAUUUCUUAUCAACUUACACAGACCGAUUCAUCUACUGCCAGCGAUGGAUCAUCACCCCGCGUGAUAAAAACUCACGCGGAGAUCAGGAAUGACAACUAUCUGUUAAACACCAAUUUUGGUGAUCUAGACCAGAUACGAGAGAUCGCCAACACUCAAGACGUGGUAAACGCCAUUAAAAAGUAUUCACAGUACCUGGAGAAUGCUGUCAAGGGACUCAUUGCCGGCAAGUUCACCGAUACCCAAAGACCGACUAUGCUCAACAAACUGUUCAACUUGAUGUGCCAGGCGAAGACGAUUCACGAGCUAAAUAACUUUCUGCACAACCGGUUUCGGGACAGUGGUGGAAUGGAUUUGUUGAUGAAAAACUGCAUGUCCAAAGACCCGAAACUCCAAUACACCAGUGCCAGGCUAUUGGUGGAAUGUCUCGACCCAGGAAAUCUAGACUACGUGGUCCAACACGGUCUGAAUAAAGUCAUGCGCGUGGUACGCAAGUCCUGGAGUCAAGAGCAGAGCCCGGUCAACCGUUCGAUAGUCAGCACUGGUAUACUCGCAAAGUUAUUCGAACACAGUGAAAGUACGUGUAAGCGUGUCAUCCAACUGAACGGUUUAGACAUGCUACUGGCGGAGUGCCAGAGACGAGAUACCCUGACCCUGCGAAAUUGUGCACGUGCACUUGCAAAUUUAUCGCUGUACGGUGGCCCCGAGGUUCACAAUAUGAUGGUCCAUCGUCACGCACACACUUGGCUCUUUACGUUGGCGUUCAACACGGACAACAGCGUCAAAUAUUACGCCCUGCUGGCCACGGCCGUAUUGGCGGCCGACAAAACUAUCGAGGCGGCCAUGGUCAAGUGCGACGCGCUUCACCUGAUCGACCCCUUCGUCGCCACUCACGUUCCGGCGGAUCUGGUUAAAAUCAACGCCCUUGGUCAAGGCCGGGGUUGGCUUCAGCGGCUCGUCCCGGUUUUGAGCUGCGACCGUCGCGUGGCACACACUUUGGCCGCCUUCCAUUUUUGCGCGGAAGCCGAGCCCUCGAGUCAGCUCCGCCACGGCAAGAUCUUCGGAACCUUCAGGUCGAUCAGCGCCGUCGAACCGCUGAAGAAGUUGGCCGGUUCCCUCAACGACGUGACUUCCGGGUUAGCGGCACAAGCGUUGUGGAAUAUCGGUGAACAAGUGCCGCGGCCGCUCAGCCAGAAAGUUCCGCUGUGGACGGUCGAAGACGUCCUCCAGUGGAUCAAGAGUACUGGUUUCGGAGAAUGGUCCGAACGCUUGGUGGGCAACCAGAUGGACGGCAAUUGGCUGUUGACGUUGACUGAGGAACGCCUGAAGGAACUCGUCGGGAUACACAACGGAAUUAUGCGUAAAAGAUUUAUGAGGGAAUUACACAAGUUAAAACAGUUGGCCGACUAUAGCUGUAUAGACCCGACCAAUUUAAACUCAUUUUUACAAUCAAUUGGACCGGAGUUCUCCAUUUAUACGUAUUCUAUGUUGAAUGCUGGGUUCGACUGUGAAUCGAUCAGGUCUAUAACGGAAGAUCAGCUGGCAUGCAAGUGCGAAAUCACAAACGGUAUUCAUCGCAUCGUGAUACUAAACGCUAUCAAGGAUAAAUGUUUCAAUCAUUUUAACAGUGAAAUCAAUAAUUGUUUUAUUGAUUUUACAUAAAUGGAUACAAUAACCAUGUACAUGGAAAGCAAAACAAAACCUUUGAAAAAUAUUUUAUAUUUCAAAGUCGACCAAGUGAAUCUUAACUUGUUGGUUGGUACGCUUAUAAAAAAAUAUUUAAAUUUACAUUUGAACGAUACCUCGAACAUGAUUAAAUCUAAGUUAAUUUUACAUUAAGGUUUAACUAUUUCCAUUUUUUUUAUAGGUUUUUUAUUUAAUCAACUUUAGGUUAGGUUAGAGUAGAUUUCAAAUAUUACAAUUUAUGUUGUACCUAAUACUUUUAACGUUAUCCAAAAUCAGUCUUAACUGAUUAUGUUAUAAUUAAUUUUGUAUUUGUACUUAAUAGUUAUAAAAUAUGUAAAAUAAUAUUACUUAUCUUUCAAAUGCAUUUUAUAGUUUGAGUUGUAUAAUAUUUUAGAUGUUAGUGUUAAAAAGCAAUAAGGUUUUCGAAGUAAAAAUUUAAAAUGAAUUUAAUAAGUUUUCUCAACUUUGGGUAUUUGACUGAUUUUUAAUUUUACAUCAAAUUCAGUGUGUAAAAUCUACUUAUAUUAUGAUAAGUUACAAUUAUUUAUGUAAGCCCAAAAACAACGACUAUGUUAUGAAAUAUUGUAGAUAUAUGGAUUUUCGAAUUCAUUACUUAUUUUGUAUUCUGUAUGAAUUAAAAAAUGUUAUAAUGCU